AUGGCCGACAUUCAGAAGCCCCUUGAGGUCCCUGCCGCCCCCGUCGAGCAGGUACCCGCCCUGGUCCCCGAGACUGCUCCCGCUCUCGAUGUUGCUGCUCCCGCUGAGCUCGCUGCUCCCGCUGUCGCCGAGGUUAAGGUCGAAGAGACUGCUGCUGCUGAGGAGAGCAAGGACGAGGCCAAACCCAUCGAGGAGGGCCACCUUGGCUACAAGGCUCAGGGCCUGAGCUUCCCCAAGAAUUUGCUCGGUAGCAAAGAGUUCUUCUUCCUUAGCCCCGAAGCCGUUGAGGCCAAGGCUCUCGAGGCCUACAAGAAGGCCCACAAGUCGACCGAGACCGCUCUUGAGAACAUCUCAUGGGCCGCUCACACCGGCAAGGGCCUCCUUUUCUCUGGCGACAAGAAGGCUCCCCACAAUGUCAUCAAUCUGUCUCACGCCUCUGAGCUCGAGGUCGACGGUAACAAGUUCCACUUCACUACGAAGGGCAACAAGCACACCUUCAAGGCCGCCAACCCCGCUGAGCGUGACAGCUGGGUUGCCCAGCUCAAGGCCAAGAUCGCCGAGGCUAAGGAGAUCGCUGCCUCUGUCACCGAGUCGGAGGCUUACAAGAACACUCUCGAGAGCUUGAAGCCCGCUCCCAAGGAGGAGGCCAAGGCUGCCGAGCCCGCUGCCGCUGAGGAGACGACCGACGUCGGCAAGACUGAGGAGACCCCUAAGGAGGAUGCCGACCUCGCCAAGGAAGAGCCGAAGGCUGAGGAGUCCAAGCGCCGCUCUGCCAGCCGCAAGCGCGCAUCCUUCUUCGGCUUCGGCAAGAAGGACGCCACCCACAAGGACGAUGCCAAGACUGAGGAGACCCUUGCCGAAACUGCCGAGCCGCUUGCUGCUCCUGCCGAAGCCGCCGAGGCUGAGGAUGCUGUCGCUCAGGAUGCCGCUGCCACUGAAGAACCCGUUGCUGAGGCUGUCAAGCCCACUCCCAAUAAGCGCAACAGCUUCUUCGGCGGUGUCUUCUCGAAGAAAGAGAAGAAGGCCGCUGAGCCCAAGGCUGAGGCCACCGAUGUUGCCCCUGAGGAGACUGAAGGCACUGCCGAGACUGCUCCCGUCAUCCCCCCGGUUGACACUUCGGCUCCUCUGGCCGAAGAGGUGAUUGCCGCUGACCCCGUUGAGGCUGCUGCCCCCGAGGUUAAGACGGACGUCAAGGAGAAGCGCAAGUCAUCUCUUCCCUUCUUCGGCAGCAAGCGUGAUGCCUCUCCAACCACCGGUGAGGUCAAGACCGGCGCUUUCUCCAAGCUCCGUGCUACCAUCAAGGGCAAGGGCGCUAGCAAGGUCGAUGAGGGCAAGGAGGAGGCCGCCAAGUCUCAGGAGACUGCUGCUGAGACUGUUUCUGACGCCCAGAACAAAGCUGAUGAGACUGCCACCGACAUCAAUGAGCAGAUCGCCAAGGCUGUGGAGGGCGAGAAGAAGCCUGAGCAGGCUCCUACUGCCCCUGCUGUCACCGCCUCUGCUUAG